AUGGCAGACGACAAUAACGCCCGUGAUGAGGAGCCAUUUGAAGAGGAGGAAGUGGAUGAAACCAGCUUCCGAGCAGUCAAAGAUGCAGUUCUCUUCGCCAUCGACAUCAGCAGUUCGAUGCUGACGCCCCGUGCCUCAUCCAGUGCCAAAAAAUCUGGCGAAGAGUCCCCAGCAUCUGCGGCGCUUAAGUGCGCAUAUCAUCUAAUGCAGCAGCGCAUCAUAUCGAAUCCUAGCGAUAUGAUGGGUGUUCUCCUCUAUGGAACCCAGUCAUCCAAAUUCUACGAUGAAGAUGGAGAGGGGGGCGGCGACCUCUCGUACCCUCACUGUUAUCUCUUUACCGACCUCGACAUUCCGUCCGCCCAGGAAGUAAAGGAGCUCAGAGCUCUUGUAGAGAAUGAAGAGGAGGCCCAGAAGAUCCUACAGCCCUCGAAAGAACCGGUCUCCAUGGCCAAUGUUUUGUUCUGUGCCAAUCAGAUCUUCACCUCCAAAGCUCCAAACUUCCUCUCGCGGCGAUUGUUCAUCAUUACCGAUAAUGAUAACCCUCAUGCAGAGAGCAAGUCGCUUCGAUCGGCAUCUACAGUGCGUGCAAGGGAUCUGUAUGACUUGGGUGUCACAAUUGAGCUCUUUCCAAUUUCCCGAGUUGAUCAUGAAUUUGACACUUCGAAAUUUUAUGAUGACAUCAUUUACAAAACGUCCCCCAGUGAUGGCGAGGCCCCAGCCUAUCUCCAGCCAGAUACAAGCACAUCAACUGCGCAGGGAGACGGAAUUACGUUGCUCAACUCUCUGCUUUCGAGUAUUAACUCUAGAUCCGUGCCCCGGCGAUCAAUAUUUUCCAAUAUACCUCUGGAGAUUGGACCUAAUUUCAAAAUUUCUGUCAAUGGUUAUCUAUUGCUGAAGAAGCAGCAGCCAGCACGAAGUUGCUACGUCUGGCUGGGAGGGGAGAAACCCCAAAUUGCCAAGGGAAUUACUACACUUCUAGCAGAUGACACGGCGCACACGGUUGACAAGUCAGAGAUUCGAAAGGCAUACAAAUUCGGCGGUGAACAAGUUUCAUUCACGCCCGAGGAGCAGCUAUCACUCAGGGACUUUGGGGAGCCCGUGAUUCGAAUUAUUGGGUUCAAGCCUCUGGCUACCCUGCCCAUUUGGGCCAAUACCAAGCACCCUACAUUCAUCUACCCUUCCGAGGAGGACUACAUUGGGUCUACGCGCGUCUUCUCUGCAUUACAGCAAAAGCUCCUCAAAGACCGCAAACUUGCCUUGGUUUGGUUCAUUCCCCGCAAGAAAGCUUCGCCCGUAUUGGCUGCCAUGAUAUCUGGUUCUGAGAAGAUUGACGAGAAUGGUGUCCAAAAAAUGCCGCCUGGGAUGUGGAUUAUUCCACUUCCAUUCGCGGAUGACGUGAGGAAAAACCCGGAGUACAGUUUCACUUCAGCCCCAGAACCCCUCAUUGAUGCGAUGAAACAAGUAGUGGGGCAAUUGCAGCUUCCCAAGGGUGUAUAUGAGCCUCAAAAAUACCCUAAUCCUUCACUUCAAUGGCAUUACCGUAUCCUGCAGGCCUUGGCUCUCGACGAAGAUCAUCCGGGGAAUCCUGAGGAUAAGACCGUUCCGAAGUAUCGACAAAUCGAUAAGCGUGCCGGUGAAUACGUUCUACAAUGGGCCGAGGAGCUUGAUGCUCAAAAUGAGAAAUUUUUCGGAGGAACUGCUGCCACGAAGUCAACCCUGGUCAAGCGUGGUCCAAAAAGCCAUGCUGAGGGCGAAAGUGGUCCACCAACAAAAAAGGUCAAGAUCGAGGUUGGCGCCUCUGAUAACGAUGAUGAAAUCAAGAGGAAUUGGGAGAAGGGAACUCUGUCCAAGCUCACGGUGCCCAUACUGAAAGACUUCCUCAAUGCUCACGGUCGCUCCGCAGCUGGCAAAAAGGCCGACCUCGUAGAACGGGUAGAACAGUAUUUUGAGGAUAAGCUUUGA